ACAGCAGAGGCAGGAGCUGUUUUCCUUGCCUGGAGCCAGGGGCCUCCCCAGCACGCAGGCUCAGCAGCAGGCCGUCCAAGCCACCAGCCGGGAAGCUCUCUGCAUCCCCACUGUCCGUCCAGCCACUCAGCCUGUCCUGGGCCGGCCCGUGGUACGACAGGGAGUGCGGUCCAGACUACCUGGUGGAAGCCCAGCGAGUCAGGACGUGGGAGUGGCGCACGCUGACCAGGACUUGCAGAGCUGAGUGGAGUCGCGAGGGGAGAACGGGUGCCAGGUCUGACCCGCCAGCGCCUACUGGCUCAGCGGCCCCAGCCAGGAGUGGGCAGGAUGUCCCAAGGAGAAGGUGGGGGAAACAAGGAGGCGCUUGAAUACCAGGAUGUUACAAUAAACACCGUGGCGAAGGCUUCGGACCUGUACACCCAGCUCGAGAAACUUGGGGCUGGGAAGUUCGGGCUGGUUUACAAGCUGCAGGAGAAGGCCACUGGGAAGAUCCGGGUGGGGAAAUACUUCCGGACGCGGACCCCCAAGGAGCAGGAGGCAGCCUGUAGGGAGGUGGAGCUGAUGAAUCUGCUGCAUCACCCCAGGCUGGUGCAGUGCCUUGCGGCCUUCCAGAGCCGGGCGGAGCUGGUGAUGGUGAUGGAAUACGUCGCAGGCGGGGAGCUCUUUGAGAGGAUUGUGGAUGACGACUUCGAGCACACGGAGCCCACCAGCAUUCAGUACAUGAGGCAGAUCCUAGAGGGGAUCCACUACGUCCAUCACCAGAGCAUCGUCCACCUGGACCUCAAACCCGAGAACAUCGUCUGCGUCAGCACGAGCAGCCACUGGGUCAAAAUCAUCGACUUCGGCCUGGCACGGAGACUGGAUCCAAAGAGCCCCGUGAAGGUGAUGCAUGGCACCCCGGAGUUCAUGGCCCCGGAAGUGAUCGCCUUUGAGCCGGUGGGAUUCACCACGGACAUGUGGAGCAUCGGCGUGAUCUGCUACAUCCUGCUGAGUGGGGACUCCCCCUUCCAGGGGAACAGUGACAUGGAGACGCUGCACAACAUCACGGCUGCCCAGUGGGAGUUUGACGAGGAGACCUUCUCAGAGAUCUCCCAGGAGGCCAAGGACUUCAUCAGCCAGCUACUGCAGAAAGACAGCAGCUGCCGGCUGCCCAGCGACCAGGCCCUCGCGCACCCCUGGCUGCAGAAGACUGAGCAGAGCGAGACGAAGGUUCUGUCCAAGGAGAGGAUGAGGCGAUUCCUGGCCCGCCAGAAGUGGCAGAAAACAGGCAACGCCGUGGUGGCCCUGCGGAGAAUGUCCCGGCUGGCCCAAAAGCUGGAUGAUGUGGUGACCACCCCCAGUGCCCAGGAGAAGGGAGGGUGGGGAGAGGCACUCUGGAUCCAUUCACUGAGGAGCCAUCUGGAGGGACAGGGAUGUUCUUAUGAAAACUUGGAUCCUGGUUCCUGUGAAGCCAGCCUGCUCUGCACCAGACCGAACUUUGAGGGGAGGAGGGGAAAGGAACUACUUUAUUAGCUAGGAAAGGGAAGUAUUCAUGAGUGUAGCUCAGGUUUGCAUUUUGCUUUGUAUCAUAACCAUUUGUUUCCACCACACCCUCUUGUUUCUGGUUAACUCUCCAUUCGUUCUUAAAUAAAUACACCACCUUUUGUUUUCUUAGAAGGGCUGUGUGUGACCCAGGAACGGGGGAGGGAGGAGUUUAAGGUAAAGCUGGUAAACUGGGGCCCAGUGCUCCUUUGGGAGCUGAGGAGCUGGGAUUUCUGAGAGUAGCCAGUGUCAGGGACUGGAUGUCACAGGGCAAUGAUUCAAAGGGACUGGGGUGCAUUUCUUCUUAACCUGCAAGGUGAAGACCGGGCUGGCCUAGCCCAGAGGAGGGUGCCUGGGUGGCUGAUGGGCUGGUGGUGUUAGGGUGCUAACUGAGGGAGCAAGCGGCUCAGGAACCUGGAGGGCCCAGUUCAUUGAGCCGCCAUCUCUCCUCCUGGAGUGGGCUCAGAAGCGGAAGAGAUGGAGAAAGCGAGGGCGCCAUCUCCUCACACGGCCUCCUCCACCUCCUCUGCUUCUGGCCCCGCUCCGGAAGGAGACCUGGCAGCUCAGUUACCUGGGCUCCCACCUCUCCUUCCAGAGCGAGGAGCUGGGUCUGGGGGGGAGGGUCCACCUGUGGUCUGCUCAGGUUCCUGAGCCACCCUCUCCCCUUCCAGGGAGACCCCCUGGCGUCCAGACCCAGCUCCCGCCUCUGGAAGGAGAGAUGGCAGCUUGGUAACCAGAUCUGCCUGGGUUCCUGGGCCACCAGCUCUCCUUCUGGAGAGGGAGCCGGGUCCUGGGAGUGCCACACCCCUUAUUUGAAGCCUCGAAUAUUGAUGUACACGUACAUGUGCAUCUGCCACUCCCCGCCUUACUUCAGCGGCCCACCUCACAGUUACACAGACUAACUUAUUAACAUACACACCUCCAGCUAAUGGAAUGCAUUGGAUUUCCUCCACAGGCAGUAUUUUCAUGUACUUGAGGGGGCCACAAUUUGGGUGAAAAUACCCCCCCUCCCCCAAUAAUAGCUUUUG